AUGCCUAAAAAUAAAGGUAAAGGAGGUAAAAAUCGACGUCGAGGGAAGAAUGAGAAUGAAAGUCAAAAGCGUGACCUUAUCUACAAGGAAGCUGGUCAAGAGUACGCAAAAGUUGAGCGUCUGCUGGGAAAUGGACGGUUGGAAGCCUAUUGUUUCGAUGGUGUUAAAAGACUGUGUCAUAUUCGUGGGAAGUUACGCAAAAAGGUGUGGAUCAGUAAUGGAGAUAUAAUUUUAAUCGGUUUACGAGACUAUCAAGACAACAAAGCUGAUGUGAUCAUGAAGUACCUGAACGAUGAGGCAAGAACACUGAAAUCAUUAGGUGAGAUCCCAGAUACUAUAAAAUUGGAAGAGAAUGAUGAUAUUGAAUUCGAUGCAAAUGCUGCUAUCUUCGAUGAAGACGAAGAUGGUGAGAAAGGAUCUGAUUCAGAUGAAGAAGAAGAAGACGGCUCAGAUGAUGAUAGUGAUGAUUCUGAUGAUAUGGAAGAGAUAAUUGAUUGGCUAUUGUGCUGGCGCGUUUUCUUGUUUAUAAAAAAUUGGGUUCAAUUUGACUACAUAUAUUGUUGUUUCUCUCAGAUAUGA